AUGUGUGUGGGUUGCAAAGUUAGUGAUUCUGUGGCAACUAGCUUAGCCUCAAACUUGGGUGUUACUUUGGUCAAGCAUCAUACAAAGUACUUGGGUAUGCCGACAUUUGUUGGAAAAAAUAAGAAACAAGUUUUUGGCAAGAUCAGAGGAAAAAUUGAAGCAAAGCUCCAAGGUUGGAAGAUGGGGUUAUUUUCUCAAGCUGGGAAAGAGAUCCUAAUUAAAGCAGUCAUUCAAGCCCUUCCUUGCUAUGUCAUGAGCUGCUUUCGAAUUACUAAAGGAAUUCUCCAUGAAAUUGAAGGGUUAAUAGCUCAAUUUUGGUGGGGAUCAACAAAGAACAAACACAAGCUGCAUUGGGCUAAACAAGGCCAUUAUGGGUCUACGGUUUGGAGAGGCAUCCUUUGGGGAAGAGAACUUUUACGAAAGGGUACUAGGUGGUGUGUUGGCAAUGGAAGUAAGAUUCGAAUCAAUGAAGAUCAAUGGCUCCCUAGAAGCCAACCGUUUACUCUUCGGAGCAAGGUUCAAAUCCCAGCUGAGGUAACGAUUAAUUCCUUAUUGCAACCAGAUGGAAAUUGGAAAGAAAAUGAAGUUAGAAGCUGGUUCCAUAAUGAUGAUAUACCCUGGGUGCUUGGCAUUAAACCUGCUAUAAAUCGGUCGGAUUGGAUUACAUGGAGUCCAUCCCCUAAUGGUGUCUACUCGGUUGCAAGUGGAUACAAACUUCGCUUCCAAAAUCCGAAUGUAGCAGAAUGUUCUAACAAAUCACAAAUUAAAUCUUGGUGGAAAUUCAUUUGGGGUUCUCAUCUCACUCCGAAAAUAAAGAAUUUCAUAUGGCGGGUGUUUAAUCAUUGGAUUCCCACAAAAUUGGAGCUUGCAAAGCAAGGUAUGGUUAUUGAUACUCACUGUGAACUGUGCACUUUCCAGAAUGAAGACAUAUGUCAUGCUCUAUGGCACUGCCCGAAGGUCCAAAACAUCUGGAAGUUGUUUGGUUUCCCCAAACUCAUACCACUGAAUCUCACAAAAGCUGCUGAUGUGCUUUGGUGGCUGCAUGAACACCUUCCUAAUGAGGAAUUUUUCAAGUUCAUGGGAUUGACUUGGUUGGUUUGGCAAAGAAGGAAUAACUUUGUCUUCCAACACAAAAUUCUAGAUGAAAAGAUUUGGACAUCUUGGGCUAUUGAUCUCAUCUCUACUCACUUGGAGCCGCACCAAAAAACCAGUAAAAAUCCUGCUAUGAAACUAAAUUCUGCUUGGAUUCCUCCUCAACAGAACUACUUCCUCAUCAAUACAGAUGCAUCUUUAAUUGCUGGACAACAAGGUUGUGGUCUUAGUGCUGUGAUAAGAGACCCGAAGGGUGGUUUAGUGGUUGCUGCAACUUCCUUCAUACCUGGUUGCCUAUCGGUUCUGCUUGCUGAAGCUAAUGCCGUCCACUUAGGCAUUCAGCUAGCUAUCAGAUGGUCAAUUACAAAUGCUCAAGUUGGAUCCGACAGCCAUUCUCUCAUAAAAGCUUUAAAUUCAGAUACUUCUUACCCCACGGAUUGGGGGCAACUGGUGCAAGACAUCAAGCUUUUGAGAAACAAAUUUCAGACUUUACAAUUUUUAUUUUUUACUAGAAGUUGUAAUAGAGUUGCUAAUAGUUUAGCUAAGUGGAGUCAUUUGACUCAAAAGUCUGAGAUGUGGACUGAUUUGUUACCAAAUUGUGCUGCUGCUUUUUUAAUAGCAGAUGUGCCUAGUGUCGCUUAA